GUCGUAUUGAAUACCUUCGCGCUGCAAUUUUUCCUUCAUUCCAGUAUGCUUGGCUCUAUUCGCUCUCAUCAAAGCUCAUCAGCUCCUGCACGACGUCAAACUCUCUGUCAUUCAGCAACUUUGGCAUCGGAACCAUAUUCUAAAAUUACAAAUCUGCAAAAAUCUGUUGAUAUAUGCGCGAAACUUAUUACGGAUCGAAACGGGCACAAAGAGGUCAUUGGCUUGAGCAUCAACAGACCUCUUACAAUAGGAAGAAACCCCGAACGAAGCUUUUAUGUGAUCCCGGACUCUUCUGUGUCUGGCUUGCAUUGUACGAUAUUUGCGGUUCGUUCGCCGAGCGGGGGGGUCAUUGUAUCAUGUCAGGACUCAUCGAAAAAUGGCAUAAUACUCAACGGGCAUCGCAUCAAGAAGGCAUCGGUCAUCCUGAUGAACGGAGAUUCAAUCCGCAUACCUGAUUCUCUCACAUUCACAUGCACGCAUGUUUGGAAGGAUCCCGUAGAGAAAAUAUCUGUAUUUGAUCCAACGCCUCCGCCACAGCCAGCCCGAAAGCAUAUCGGUCAUUACGUCGUCACUUCGCAAUGUUUAGGGAGCGGUUCAUUUGCAACAGUACAUCUGGCCUUGAGCAUGGACAGACGCUGCCAGGUCGCGUGCAAGAGCAUAAGAACAAAGAAGGGUCACCGUGACGAGCUUGGGCAGGUUAUGAAGGAAAUCAAGAUACUGAUGGGCUUGAAUCAUCCUAAUAUCAAUCGCAUAUUCGAUACCCAAGAAGAUCAACACUUCAUCCACAUCUUUUUGCAGUUAUGUACAGGAGGUGAUCUUUUCACCUACAUCAAUAGCUUCACAGAAAAGGAUUGCAAAAUGGAUGAAGAUGAGGUGAAAUACAUCAUGUUCCAAUUGCUCAAGGGGCUGGCCUAUCUUCAUGAUAAAAUGAUCUCUCACCGAGAUUUGAAGCCUGAAAAUAUCCUCUUACAUGCACCUGGACCAUAUCCUCGUAUUCAAAUAGCAGAUUUCGGACUUGCCAGACCGAAAUCUUAUCAAGAAACCUUCAAUGUUUGCGGAACGGUCUCAUAUCUACCUCCAGAAGGAAUACUGGCUCUUGAUCAGAAACACCUUGGAUAUGUCGGAAUGCCGUCCGAUUGUUGGAGCGCUGGCAUUAUCCUAUACAUUAUGCUCUCUGGCUCGCAUCCGUUCGAUUUCGACGCUCCUUCUGAUUCAUGCAACGCCUGGUUCAGUCAGUGUGUCGCGGAGUCUCAAAGUAUAUCUAACUGUUCCCAAAAGUAUCUGCGAGGUGAAGCCCGUCUGAAGGAGAGGAUCAUUAGUGGCGAAGUCGACUUUCCAUGGCCACUUUGGUCCAAACUUGUCGAAGCCAAGGUUUUGGUCAACUUGUUAUUGAUACACGAUCCUGCCAAACGCGCAACAGUCUACAAGGCUUUACAAAGCCCCUGGAUCACAGACGAUCUCGUGAUGCUGGAGGGCGCCUAUCGCUCGAGGAUUAUUGCUUCCCUUUCGUCUGCAGAAAAGAUAUAAAGUGCUCGUUUUGCUCAUUUUGCUCUGCUGCUAUUGAUCGCUCUAUACUUAUACGAAGAUUGUCUGUCCACCCCGCUGUCUGUCAUUGUAUCGUACUCCGGCCUAAGGCGGGGUCCCACAAGGGAACAGCCGGGCCCAACCACCUCUAAUAUAUGCGCCACUGUUGUGGACUGUAUGUACCCUACUGUACCUUGCUUAGGCAAUUUCACUUGCAUGCAAUAUUUGUUCUUCAUCG